AUGUUCCCCGGGAUACACCAUCACCACAAGAAAACAUCCUUCUCCAUCCAAUCCAAUAUGUACACCAAAAGCACAUAUUCGCCGGGAUACACAAUCACCACAAGAAGACAUCCUUCUCGACCCAAUGCAAUAUGUACUACAAUAGCACAUAUUCAAUGGGAUACACAAUCACCACAAGAAAACAUUCUUCUCCAUCCAAUCCAAUAUGUACCCCAAAAGCACAUAUUCGCCGGGAUACACAAUCACUAUAAGAAGACAGAUCAAUCCAAUAUGUACCCCAAUAGCACAUCCAAUAUUGCAAUAGAGAUACACAAUCACCACAAGAAGACAUCCUUCUCUAUCCAAUCCAAUAUGUACCCCAAUAGCACAUAUUCGCCCACAUAUUCGCCGAGAUACACAAUCACCACAAGAAGACAUCCUUCUCCAUCCAAUCCAAUAUGUACCCCAAUAGCACAUAUUCGCUGGGAUACACAAUCACCACAAGAAGACAUCCUUCUCCACCCAUUCCAAUAUGUACCCCAAUUGUCCAUAUUCGCCGUGAUACACAGUCACCAAAAGAAGACAUCCUUCUCCACCCAAUCCAAUAUGUACCCCAAUAGCACAUGUUCCCCGGGAUACACCAUCACCACAAGAAAACAUCCUUCUCCAUCCAAUCCAAUAUCACAUAUUCGCCGGGAUACACAAUCACCACAAGAAAACAUCCUUCUCCAUCCAAUCCAAUAUGUACCCCAAAAGCACAUAUUCGCCGGGAUACACAAUCACUAUAAGAAGACAUCCUUCUCUAUCCAAUCCAAUAUGUACCCCAAUAGCACAUAUUCGCCGAGAUACACAAUCACCAUAAGAAGACAUCCUUCUCUAUCCAAUCCAAUAUGUACCCCAAUAGCACAUAUUCGCCUCACCAAAAGAAGACAUCCUUCUCCAUCCAAUCCAAUAUGUACCCCAAUAGCACAUGUUCCACGGGAUACACCAUCACCACAAGAAAACAUCCUUCUCCAUCCAAUCCAAUAUGUACCCCAAAAGCACAUAUUCGCCGGGAUACACAAUCACUAUAAGAAGACAUCCUUCUCUAUCCAAUCCAAUAUGUACCCCAAUAACACAUAUUCGCCGGGAUACACGUCCACCAUAAGAAGACAUCCUUCCAUCCAUCCAAUUCCAAUAGCACAUAUUCAUGGGAUACACAAUACCACAAAAAAACAUCCAUAUUCAAUCCAAUAUGGAUACACAAUCACCAUAAGAAAACAUCCUUCUCCAUCAAUCAAUAUGUACCCCAAAAGCACAUAUUCGCCGGGAUACACAAUCACCAUAAGAAGACAUCCAAUAUUCUCUAUCCAAUCCAAUACACAAUCCCUACAAGAAAACACUUCUCCAUCAAUCCGAUACCCCAAAAACACAAUCACCAUAAGAAGACAUCCUUCUCCUAUCCAAUAA